CUGGUUCCGUUACAAAAAGAGUAGGCACACCGGAAUUCCAUCCUGUUUUGCUUUUCUGAAACACCCUAAAAAUCACACAAAAUCCCAAAAAAUAUCUCUCUCACCACCGCUCAGGAAUGCAGAGAUAUGAGAGAUCUGCGGCUGUUUAACCGUGUGCGUCCUAAAAAAUCCACCGGCGGCAGAACUUGCCACCGUAAACACGUGGAAGACGGGUGAACUUGCUGCAGCUAUAGUGUCAAAUUACUCAUUUAUUACAUACAAUAUUCGUAUACUAGAUCAAUUUAUGGCAACAGAAGAAAGAAACAACGGUGUACUACUCGGAAAAUACGAGUUAGGUCGACAAUUAGGGCACGGGACGUUUGCAAAGGUGUACCAUGCGAGAAACUUGAAAACCGGCAAGAGUGUAGCGAUGAAGAUGGUUGGAAAAGAAAAGGUUAUUAAAGUCGGUAUGACGGACCAGAUUCAACGAGAAAUUGCAGUGAUGAAGAUGGUGAAGCAUCCUAACAUCGUCGAGCUUCACGAAGUCAUGGCGAGUAAAUCCAACAUUUAUUUUGCUAUGGAGCUUGUUAGAGGCGGUGAGCUGUUUUCGAAGAUAGCCAAAGGACGGUUGCCGGAAGAUGUUGCUAGGAGUUACUUCCAGCAGCUCAUCUCAGCCGUUGAUUUUUGUCAUAGCCGUGGUGUUUAUCACCGAGAUUUGAAACCAGAAAACUUGUUGUUAGAUGAGGAAGGUAAUUUGAAGGUGACAGAUUUUGGUUUAAGUGCUUUUUCAGAUCAUAUCCGUCAAGACGGAUUGCUACACACGACGUGUGGUACUCCGGCGUACGUCGCACCGGAAGUGAUUGGGAAAAAAGGUUACGACGGAGCGAAAGCGGAUAUCUGGUCGUGUGGAGUAAUUCUGUACGUUCUUCUCGCCGGAUUCUUACCUUUUCAGGACGAUAACCUCAUCGCGAUGUAUAAGAAGAUUUACCGAGGCGAUUUCAAGUGUCCGCCGUGGUUUUCAACAGACGCACGGCGAUUAAUUACGAAAAUGCUUGAUACAAAGCCUAGUACUCGAAUCACAAUAGCACAAGUGAUGGAUUCCCCAUGGUUUAAAAAAGCAGCACCGAAGAAACCCAACUUCUCAUUUGACGACGAAAGUGCAAACCUCACCGGAAAAGAAUGUUUAAACGCAUUUCACAUCAUUUCGUUAUCUGAAGGGUUUGAUCUCUCUCCACUCUUCGAAGAGAAGAAGAGAGAGGAGAAACAAGAGAUACGUUUCGCGACGAUGAAGCCGGUGACGGCGGUGGUGUCGAAGCUGGAGGCGGUGGCGAAAGCGGUGAAGUUUAGUGUGAAGAAGAGUGGGGAUGAGAGCAGUUUGAGGUUGCAGGGGCAUGAGAAUGGAAGGAAGGGGAAGUUGGGGAUAUCUGCGGAUAUAUUUGCUGUAACGUCGUCGUUUUUGGUGGUGGAGGUGAAGAAGUCGAGUGGUGAUACUCUGGAGUAUGAUCAAUUCUGUAGUAAAGAGCUACGGCCGGCGCUUAAGGAUAUUGUUUGGACGUCUCCUGCUGAUAAUUCUACCCAGGCUUGAAUUGGAAUUCAGUUGAUUUGUUGUGUAAAAAAUUGGGUUGUUUUGUUAUUGAAUUAUAAAUUUAUGUUUUUCUAAAUAUUGUUUACGACGUAUGAACAUUAUUGUUGUGUCAUUUUAUAACUUUAUAUAUCAACUUAUAUGAAUUGAUACAUGUAUAAACGCUAUCGGAAUGAAACUCCAAUAAUUGAUGUUUUUUUC